AUGCCGUCUUUCUUCGCCGCUGGCCUCCAGGGCCUUCCUCCCACUCCUCCUCACGUCCUGCCCGGUGGCAGGAUGGAAAAUGAGCAGCCUUUUUACAUCGUCAACAACUCUGCCUUUCCUCCCCGCUAUACGCAGAAUGGUUGCGAAUUCAUCGAGCAGUACUCUCAAUCCGCCCACUACUCAAAGCCGGCUCCGAUGAACUUACACCCAGCAUCCGCCCACCAUAUGCACAAUGGUAGAGAUUUGACCUCUGCUCACCCCGCGUUGAACCAAUCGUUCGGCGCCCUGCCCACCACAAACGUGCUGCCUCCGCUCCGUACCGGCCUACAGCUGCCCCCGAUGGAGAGUGCCAUUCCACCGCAGUAUCGCCGCCAAGAUAUGAUGAUGCAGCCCGAACAGCAGCAACGCAAAGAGGAGAAGGCCACCGGAGGUGUAGCCGCCCUUUUGGAUUAUGAGAUGGAACAGAUGUCCGACUUUGUGGCCGAGAUGGCUCAGGGAAUCGUCUACCCAGGAACAUCGGUCCCUCCCCAGUUUCGGAAAUACGUCUACCAGAUCCUUUCUUCGACCCGCCUUCCCAGCUCCACGAUCCUCUUGGGUCUCUACUACUUGGCCAGCCGAAUGCGGAUGCUUUCCUCGGCCAAAGUGUACACCUCUGGCAGUGGACAGGUUUAUCGCAUGCUGACUGUUGCCCUACUCCUGGGAAGCAAGUUUCUGGAUGACAACACCUUCCAGAACAAGUCUUGGGCCGAAGUCAGCAACAUCCCGGUCGGCGAAUUGAACUCCAUGGAACUGGAGUGGCUCUUCGCAUUCGAGUGGAAGCUCCACGAGCGCAUCCAUGACAAGCAGGACGGCUUCGCAUCAUGGCUCUCCCACUGGGAGACCUGGCGUGCAAAGGCUGUUGCUAGAGCCCAGGAGUCGCGUCACACCCUUGCCCCCAUUGAUACUAAUGUCUCGCGGGGCCACAUGGUGUCCAAGCCUCUAUUGUCUCCCGAGGGACCGAUCCCUCCGCAGUAUCAGCGAAGCUCUCAUUACGAGAACUCCUGGCUCAACCCCGCCGCGUCUGAGUACUCGCCUCCUUCUGCUCCCCAUAGCGGCCCGAACACUCCGGACUACUACGCUGUCGGACCUUGGGCGUAUGCCAACCCCCCGCCGCCAUACACACGAACUUGGAUUCCUCCUCCGCAGCAGUACAUGCCUCAGUCUGUGCCUCGGUCGCAGCCUCCGUCUUACCAUCAUACGCCGUCCUACGCGUUACCAUUUGCGCAAAGCGUGUGGACGGGACACGGUUCGUCCUGCGGAUGCUUGUACUGUGCCAAGCAUGUCGAACACUACAUGUGUGCAAAUGCUUUCGGUCCAAUGCAGGCUAUGGUUGCCUAG